CCUCCCUCCUCCCUCUCUCACACACACCCCCGCUUGGGCCUCCUCUCUCUCUCUCUCCGGCUCCAUUUUCUCCGCCGCCGGGGGCCAGGGUCUCCUGUGGGGGGCCCAGCUGGUACCCCAGGUCUCCCUUCAGUGCCGGGGUGAACCCCGGGGGAGCCGGGAGUGAGGAAGACGGGCGGGGGUUGGGGCGGAGGGAGCAGCGGCCCCAGCGAGUUUGGGGGGGAAGUAACCAGGCGGGGGAGGGGCGGAGCAGGGAGGGGGCCUCAGGGCCCCCCCCAGCUAUGGACGAGCGGCUACUGGGGCCGCCCCCUCCAGGCGGGGGCCGGGGGGGCCUGGGAUUGGUCGGUGGGGAGCCUGGGGGUCCUGGUGAGCCUCCUGGUGGCGGAGACUCCGGUGGGGGUAGCGGGGGGGUCCCGGGAGGCCGAGGGAAGCAAGACAUCGGGGACAUUCUGCAGCAGAUAAUGACCAUCACCGACCAGAGCCUGGAUGAGGCCCAGGCCAAGAAACACGCCCUAAACUGCCACCGAAUGAAGCCUGCUCUCUUUAGCGUCCUGUGUGAAAUCAAGGAGAAAACUGGCCUCAGCAUUCGAAGCUCCCAAGAGGAGGAGCCGGUGGACCCACAGCUGAUGCGUUUGGACAACAUGCUUCUGGCAGAGGGUGUGGCUGGGCCUGAGAAAGGGGGGGGCUCAGCAGCAGCCGCUGCAGCCGCUGCAGCCUCCGGGGGCAGCGUGUCCCCUGACAACUCCAUCGAACACUCGGACUAUCGCAGCAAACUUGCCCAGAUCCGCCACAUCUACCACUCAGAGCUGGAGAAGUACGAACAGGCGUGUAAUGAGUUCACAACCCACGUCAUGAACCUGCUGAGGGAGCAGAGCCGCACGAGGCCGGUGGCACCCAAGGAGAUGGAGCGCAUGGUGAGCAUCAUCCACCGGAAGUUCAGCGCCAUCCAGAUGCAGCUCAAGCAGAGCACCUGCGAGGCCGUCAUGAUCCUGCGUUCCCGCUUCCUGGAUGCCAGACGAAAGCGCCGGAACUUCAGCAAACAGGCCACUGAGGUCCUAAAUGAGUAUUUCUACUCCCACCUGAGUAACCCAUAUCCCAGUGAGGAGGCUAAGGAGGAGCUCGCCAAGAAAUGUGGCAUCACUGUCUCUCAGGUCUCCAACUGGUUUGGCAACAAGCGCAUUCGCUAUAAGAAAAAUAUUGGAAAAUUCCAAGAAGAGGCAAACAUCUAUGCCGUCAAGACUGCUGUGUCAGUCACCCAGGGAGGCCACAGCCGCACCAGCUCCCCGACGCCCCCUUCCUCCGCAGGCUCUGGUGGCUCUUUCAAUCUCUCAGGAUCCGGAGACAUGUUCCUGGGAAUGCCUGGGCUCAAUGGAGAUUCCUAUUCUGCCUCCCAGGUGGAAUCACUCCGACACUCGAUGGGGCCAGGGGGCUACGGGGAUAACCUCGGGGCAGGCCAGAUGUACAGCCCUCGGGAAAUGAGGGCAAAUGGCAGCUGGCAGGAGGCUGUGACCCCCUCUUCAGUGACAUCCCCGACAGAGGGACCAGGGAGUGUUCACUCCGACACCUCCAACUGAUCUCGCCCCUCAGGGUCACAGGGGUAGGGGCUCUCACAAGGCAACUCUUGAAGAAGACUCGGGCAUCCAGAAGACAAACCCCAAAUACAAGAGAAGCACAAGACAGAGAAGGGUGAAUGGGAUCGUCCCCGCCCCAAGUGGACUCUCUCAGUGCUGGGGGUGCUGACUACACAGCAGGAAGAACAGGGCCCCUAAGGGAGAGUGGGGUCUGUCUCCCCUUUUCUUCUAUCUUUUUUCUCUCUUACACAAACACACACUCAGAAACCUCUUUCUCAGAGCCCUUCUCUCUCUCCACCCCCAAACACUCCCACAUACUCUCUCUGGGCUCCCCCACCCCACUUACAUGUUCUGGAAUCUGUAGAGACACCAGGCCUGCCCGACCAGAGAUGCCAAAAAUGGGGACAUGACUUCUGGACAGAGGACAUGGACCACGCCCCCUGUGCUUCCCCACCCCUGCCCCUCCAGACGGCUUUAUUACCUCAUACGCAGCUCAUCCUAAACCAAUAGAACCGCUCUGUGGACAAGAGUGUCUGACUCAGAUAUCUACCUCGGAGGGAGUUUCUGCUACUUUAGGGAAUUAUUGACUGGGCUUUGGGGUUGAACUUUUUUUUUUAGGAAAGAAAAAGAAACCCUGGGAUCCAUAUAUAUUUCUUAAAUGUUUUUUUCUUUUGUUGGUGGUGGUGGUUCUUAAUUUUUAGUUUGGGGAUGUAGUUUUUUUUAAAUAUAAAUGUUAUUUUCUUGACUUUUUUAAUUUCUUGCUUUCCCAUGACAGGGGUGAUAGCCAGAGGGGUCCUAGUAAGAGAAAGGGAGACAAUUGGUGAAUAGGCUUACCUGGUUACAGGCCUGUCCAUCAGGCAGUGAAUUGUAUAAGCCACAAAGCCCUCACCCCCUACAAGCACGUGGGUGUUCUUUGCUUGUGUAGGCAGGUUUCUGCUGCAUUUGCCGUGACAGCAGUGAGCGUCUGCUGGCCUCCUAGCCCCCUCUGCCCACGGCCCUUGGGCAGGGUUGGACUCAGUAAUUUUGAAGAAAUCAAAGAUGCCACCUUAAAAAGUGAUACAUCCUUAAUUUUUUUUAACUACUAUUUGUUCAUUACAGGGGGAAGAAUAGGGAGGGGGUUAUUGCCAAAUAUGUGAAACAUGGGUUGGGGUGCUUGUAUGUGUAUCUCCCUCAGUUUCCCUAGAAUUUAGGCAUCUUUAGAUUACACCAAAACCAACUGGGUGGGAAGAGAGGAGGGAGGUUGCAAAAAGCCAGGUAUGGGAGAAAGUAAAAUCAACACUGUACCAUCCUUGGCCCUGGAACCCUACCAUCUGAUCCCCUCAGACACCCUCAGGAUUUUACAAGACUGUCAGAGUGAGGGACCCCUCCCAUCAAGAGAUCUGGGCAGGCUUGGGGGACAAGUUGGGAGUGUGACGGGUGGGGGGCGGGACGCACGGACCGGGGGCAGUUCUCUCCUCACUUGUAAACUUGUAGUUUCACAAAAAAAAAAAAAAAAAAAAAUGCAGUUUUAAAUAAAGAAAUUUCUUUUUUCCCUGG